AUGGUUAAAAAACAAGAAUUGAAGAUGCAAAGCAGUGUGUAUAGUGUGCUAACUUUUGGCCCCCAAGUGGAAGAAUUAAGAAAGCACUCUUGGAAACUCAUGUGUGUGAAGGACGAUCCCCUGGAGGACAUUGAGAAAGAAGCCCAGCAGCCUCAUUUACAUGGGGAGGAGCGAUGCCGGGCAGAGGUGGACUCCGGGAUACCUUGUUAUACUAUUUACUGGACAGAAUGGGGUAACACCCCCCGUAUUGAGGCCUCCAGCAUGGAUGGCUCUGGACGCCGCAUCAUCGCUGAUACCCAUCUCUUCUGGCCCAAUGGCCUCACUAUCGACUAUGCUGGGCGCCGUAUGUACUGGGUGGAUGCUAAGCACCACGUCAUCAAGAAGGCCAAUCUGGAUAGGAGUCACCAUAAGGCUGUCAUUAGCCAGGGUCUCCCUCAUCCCUUCGCCAUCACGGUGUUUGAAGACAGCCUGUACUGGACAGACUGGCACACCAAGAGCACCAAUAACGCCAACAAGUUUACAGGGAAGAACCAGGAAAGCAUUUGCAACAAACUCCACUUCCCUAUGGACAUCCACACCUUGCACCCCCAGCGCCAACCUGCAGGGAAAAAACGCUGUGGGGACAACAACGGAGGCUGCACGCACCUGUGUCUGCCCAGCCAGAACUACACCUGUGCCUGCCCCACUGGCUUUCGCAAGAUCAGCAGCCACACCUGUGCCCAGAGUCUUGACAAGUUCCUGCUUUUUGCCCAAAGGAUGGACAUGCGUCGAAUCAGCUUUGACACAGAGGACCUGUCUGAUGAUGUCAUCCCACUAGCUGACGUGUGCAGUGCUAUGGCCCUUGACUGGGACUCCCGGGAUAAUCACGUGUACUGGACAGAUGUCAGCACUGAUACCAACAACAGGGCCAAGUGGGAUGGAACAGGACAGGAGGUGGUAGUGGAUACCAGUUUGGAGAGCCCUGCAGGCUUGGCCAUUGAUUGGGUCACCAACAAACUGUAGUGGAUAGCUGCAGGUACAGACCGGAUUGAAGUGCCCAACACAGAUGGCAGCAUGAGGACAGUACUCAUCUGGGAGAAACUUGAUAGUCUUUGGGACAUUGUGGUGGAACACAUGGGAGGGUACAUGUAUUGGACUGACUGGGGUGCAAGCCCCAAGAUUGAACGAGCUGGCAUGGAUGCCUCGGGCUGCCAAGUCAUUAUCUCUUCUAAUCUAACCUGGCCUAACGGGUUAGCUAUUGAUUACGGGUCCCAGCGGCUAUACUGGGCUGAUGCUGGCAUGAAGACAAUUGAAUUUGCUGGACUGGAUGGCAGCAAGAGGAAGGUGCUGAUCGGAAGCCAGCUCCCCCAUCCAUUUGGGCUGACCCUCUCUGGAGAGUGCAUCUAUUGGACUGACUGGCAGACCAAAGGUAUACAGAGCGCUGACCGGCUAACAGGACUGGACCGGGAAACUCUGCAGGAGAACCUGGAGAACCUGAUGGACAUCCAUGUCUUCCACCGCCGGUGGCCCCCAGUGUCUACAUCAUGUGCUAUGGAGAGCUGUAGCCACCUGUGUCUUAGGUCCCCAAAUCUUAGCGGCUUCAGCUGUACCUGCCCCACAGGCAUCAACCUGCUGUCUGAUGGCAAGACCUGUUCACGAGGCAUGAACAGUUUCCUCAUCUUUGCCAGGAGGAUAGACAUUCGCAUGGUCUCCCUGGACAUCCCUUAUUUUGCUGAUGUGGUGGUACCAAUGAACAUUACCAUGAAGAACACUAUUGUGAUUGGAGUAGAUCCUCAGGAAGGAAAAGUGUACUGGUCUGACAGCACCCUGCACAGGAUCAGCUGUGCCAGUCUGGAUGGCUCACAGCACGAGGACAUCAUCACCACAGGGCUACAGACCACAGAUGGGCUUGUGGUGGAUGCCAUUGGCCGGAAAGUGUACUGGACAGACACGGGAACAAACCGGAUUGAAGUGGGCAACCUGGACGGGUCCAUGCGAAAAGUGUUGGUGUGGCAGAACCUUGACAGUCCCCGGGUCAUCGUACUGUACCAUGAGAUGGAGUGUAUGUACUGGACAGACUGGGGGGACAAUGCCAAGUUAGAGCGGUCUGGAAUGGAUGGCUCAGACCGCACGGUGCUCAUCAACAACAACCUAGGAUGGCCCAAUGGACUGACCGUGGACAAGGCCAACUCCCAACUGCUAUGGGCCGAUGCACACACUGAGGCUGCUGACCUGAAUGGUGCCAAUCGGCAUAUGUUGGUAUCACCAGUGCAGCACCCAUAUGGCCUCACCCUGCUCAACUCCUAUAUCUACUGGACUGACUGGCAGACCAGGAGCAUCCACCGUGCCGACAAGGGUACCGGCAGCAAUGUCAUCCUUGUGAGGUCCAACCUUCCAGGCCUCAUGGACAUCCAGGCUGUGGACUGGACACAGCCACUAGGUUUUAACAAGUGCGGCUCAAGGAAUGGUGGCUGCUCCCAUCUGUGCUUGCCUCGACCUUCUGGCUUCUUCUGUGCCUGCCCCACUGGCAUCCAGCUGAAGGGAGAUGGGAAGACCUGUGAUCCCUCUCCUGAGACCUACCUGCUCUUCUCCAGCCGUGGCUUCAUCCGGCGUAUCUCACUGGACACCAGUGACAACACAGAUGUGCAUGUCCCUGUUCCUGAGCUCAACAAUGUCAUCUCCCUAGACUAUGACAGUGUGGACGGAAAGGUCUAUUAUACAGAUGUGUUCCUGGAUGUUAUCAGCUUACAUUUAGUAGGGGUCCAGUUAUGGGAAUACGGGUUAAAGGAGUUCUACUCUAUUCUGGGUCAGUCUGGUUGCUCAUCCAACACUGGGCGCUCCCCCCGGCAAGCAGACCUGAAUGGCAGCAACAUGGAGACAGUGAUCGGGCAUGGGCUGAAGACCACUGACAAGCUGACAGUGGACUGGGUGGCCAGGAACCUGUACUGGAUAGACACAGGUCACAACACCAUUGGGGCAUCCAGGCUGGAUGGUUCCUGCCGCAAAGUGCUAAUCAUCCACAGCCUGGAUGAGCCCCGGGCCAUUGCUGUUUUCCCCAGGAAGGGGUACCUCUUCUGGACAGACUGGGUCCACAUUGCCAAGAUUGAACGGGCAAACCUGGAUGGUUCUGAGCAGAAGGUCCACAUCAACACAGACCUGGGUUGGCCCAAUGGCCAUACCCUGGACUUUGAUACCCGCAGGAUCUACUGGGUAGAUGCGCAUCUGGACCGGAUCGAGAGUGCUGACCUCAAUGGGAAACUGCGGCAGAUCUUGGUCAGCCAUGUGUCCCACCCCUUUGCCCUCACACGGGUACUGGCUCAGGAGAGAGGGACCAAUGCCUGUGGCGUGAACAAUGGUGGCUGCACCCACCUCUGCUUUGCCAGAGCCUCAGACUUCGUAUGUGCUUGUCCUGAUGAACCCAAUAGCCGGCCCUGCUCCCUUGUGCCUGGCCUAGUACCACCAGCUCCUAGGGCCACUAGCAUGAGCGAAAAGAGCCGGGUGCUACCCAGCAUACUACCUGCCACCUUGCAUUCCUCGACCACCUGGACCCGCACGUCUCUGGAGGAGCUGGAAGGAAGAUGCUCUGAAAGGGAUUCCAGGCUGGGCCUCUGUGCAAGUUCCAAUGAGGCUGUACCUGCUGCUCCAGGAGAAGGACUUCAUAUCAGCUACGCCAUUGGUGGACUCCUCAGUAUUCUGCUGAUUUUGGUGGUGAUUGCAGCUUUGAUGCUGUACAGCAGUGCUUCUCAAGAAUCAUCCAGAAGAAGGGCAUGGUGGCUCACGCCUGUAAUCCCAGAACUUUGGGAGGCCGGGGUGGGUGGAAACGAGGUGAAGAGUUCGAGACCAUCCUGGUAAAUAGGGUGAAACCCCAUCUCUACUAAAAAUACAAAAAUUAGCUGGGCAUGGUGGCACGCGCCUGUAGUCCCAGCUACUCGGGAG